AUGAGAAUCGAGUAUCAACCUCAGGACCAGACGCAUGAAUCUUACCAGAUGAUGGGGCCUGUGGCGGACAGGGAUCCUGAAGGCAACGGGCACGUGAGCCAAGACUGGUGCUGGAUGGGCUCACCUCACGACCACCGGACACGUCAAUCGUUCUUCACCCCUUCUUCGUCCCUCUCACGUCUCCGGAUUCACAGAAUCUUUCACAUGGACGAUCUGUACCAGUGGUUUGGUAUGGAUCGUGGUGAGUCUCCCAGCAUCAACCCAUCUGUGAACUCCGAGUCGUCCACAGGAGGGCUCCCUUCCACUCCUGAAAAUUUAUUCAGCACACCUGGACUUCACACCGCGGGGAUCAAUCCUAUCGACUCCACGGAAAACUAUGUACCAAAUGGAACUCCGGAACCAGAGAACUCCCUUCGAGCGACGACAGCCAACCCAAUCAUGGUUGUGCGGCCAACAUCGAAGCAUGGCCGCGAUGUAGAUCCCUUUGAAGAUGAUAUGGGACCACGGAACUUACUACCAGGGCAGCUAUUACGAGCUGUCGCCGCCGAGAACUGCCUCGCUGCCAGUCUCAGUGUUGCCCAGACUCAGGAGGUGCUGAGUUUCUGUGAGCUACCUGUAGGCCACAUGCUAGUCAAUCUCAAGAUCCAUCUGCUCCGCAACGAAAACGACUUGCUCAGAAGAUAUUUUCGGCUCUAUCACCGGCACCCUGAUUUCGUGACACGGCUUCGCAGUCUCCUUGCUGCAGUCAUCUUCGCACACAACACGCCUGCAUACUUGAGCAACAUCACGAACUCUAUCGCGGAACAUAUUGAGCACCAUUUGGACAUAAUCGCACUCACCCCCCAAUCCCGGGACGAUCCAGCUGACUGGGCGAUUGUCAAGAGCGCCAUUGCCACCGAGACCACAGAGAUGCGGUCGGCGUUGAAGACAAAGCUUGACAUCUCCAUCAUGAAUAACGACGAUAUCUACGCCCUGACGACAAAGGCCCUCAUGUAUGACAUGCGCCCUAAGGAGGAGCAUUGGGCUCGAUUUGCGUUUCUGCGUCAUUGUGCCCAUGAGCAUAAGGCUAGCGGCAAGAAUGGGAAGAUGUUCUGGCCGUACGUCGACGGGCAAUUGGUUAAUAUCCGGAAGAAGCUCAAGCAAGUCAACGCACCUGAACGCAAGGAGGCCGAAACUAAGUACGUAUAG